GACACCGACAUCGCAGUGGAUCCGGAAUCGUCGAACCAAGACUGACGUGGUGCGGGUAGUUUCCAGCUGUUUACACCACGCGCACCGGCGUUUUCCAGAAACGGUGGUGCCGGCCAGGACGACGGUGCAGUCGGUCGGUUGCAGCCAAAGGGUUCGAUACACCCCCUAGCCCAACGUGUCUUACAGGUGCUUUCAUUGUACUAUUUUUGUGCCUUUUUAUUGGUGUCGUUGCAGAUUGAUUGUGCCUUCUUUGUUGGAUUCGUUGGUUGUUUCUGAAUCAACUUUUUUGCGGCGGCAAAUCUUAUAUUUAAGUAUGGAAGUUUCCUUCACACAACCGAAUCCAUAUCGAAUAUAAUGUGAUACUAUUCGACCGGUGAUUACGAACAAGUUUGCUCAUUCUUGCUCAAAAUGACGUUGGAAAUCUGCAACAAAAUGGAUCAUAUAGAAAAUUGUGAUAUACAAAACCUGAAUUUCUCAACAUAUCCGGUCAAAAUGGAGACCAACGACACAAAAGAUUUUGUAAAUAUUGAUAAAGAUUUGUUUUAUAAUAUGUCCGGCAAAAGUUUGGACAGCUCACAAGAACCCGAUUUGGAAAUGUUGAGAAACAUUCCGAUGAUGGAUGCUCAAAGUCCCGAUUUUAUGCCGGCUGAUGUUCAACAUUGUAUAGAAAUCGAAUCUUCUGUUAUAAAUAUACCAGAGAAUCAGAUUGUGGAAAUACAAUUUACAAAAGAAAAUGGUGAAGUAGAUACGACAAAGUAUAUUGUCAAUGAUGAUAUUCUGCAAGUCCAUCUCAAUAAUCAGAACAAUUUUCUGGAAUUGAAUCAAGAAAAUAUUUACGAAGACCAAAUCGUGUACAAUCCUAAUGUUAUAUAUGAAGAAACUGUUACUAAUACUGAAGAAACAUCAGUUAACAACACUGACUCAAACAGUUUAAUGGACGAAAAUUUGAUUUUAACUAGUCUGAACAACGAGAACAUUCAACCCAGCGAGAUGCACUCUACUAUGUUAAGUCCUCAAAGCGAAAACGAAGAAACCACCGAAACCGACCUAACAAGUCUGAAUUGGUUGCACAACAUCACCAACAUCAUGUCUGUACCUAAUCUACCAACCCCACCGGUUUCACCAAAACCUAAAAAGAAGCAGAACAAUUCCAACCAAGAGGAUCUGACCAUUAAUAUAAAUUCAUACAAGAAGAACGGCGACAAGAAACCACCAUUCUCGUACGCCACCCUCAUUUGCAUGGCUAUGGGAAAGAACGGCAAUAAGAUGACGCUGUCAGCAAUCUAUCAUUGGAUUAGAGAAAACUUUUUGUACUACAGGAAGGCUCACCCCAGUUGGCAGAAUUCAAUCAGGCACAACCUCUCGCUGAACAAAUGUUUCGUAAAGGUGGCACGUUCGAAAGACGAGCCAGGAAAAGGUGGUUUCUGGAAACUUGAUUUGGAACGGCUGGAGGAAUCUCGACGCGCCAAAAGACGAUCGAGUCUCACGGUACGGGCACCGAGGAACCGAGUCCUUCCCAAUCCUCCGAAACCGCAACAGAAACCGAAAAGGUAUCGCCCGUCUCAAAGCACUGGCGAGCGUAAGCACAACAUCCUCUCCAACAUACAGAUAUGUGGCGAGACGGACAUCGAAAACUUUGAUGAUAAGAAACAAAAGAAGGAGAAGAAGGAGGAGAAAAAGGAAAAGACUGUACCGAAGGAGGAGACCAAGAAUUUUGCGCCUUCUGCAAUGUCCAGUCCAGCCGUAAUCACCGAGCCGGUGAACACCGUUUUGGGUGAAGACGAACUUACAGGUCUUCUACUCGCCACGAACGGCUGGGAUGAGUGUCAACUGGAAAUGCUGGAUUCACUGUUAGACUCUUUGUAAAUUGUUUGAGGGCGUUACCACACAAUCAUUUGGUCUGAGAUAAAUUUAUUGAACCCAACGAUGUUUUUGUUUAAUAAAAAUUGUAAAGUUUAUUGAUAACAAAAAUAUAUUAAUGUGUUUCUGAGGGAGAUGUUCUUACUAUUAUUAAAAGAUACUAAUAAUAACGAUUUAAUAAAUGCUCAAUGAUCUAAAAAGUUCAAAUAAUCAGCGUUUGCUCAAAAAUUUAAUUGGAAUCUAUCCGUCCUUAAAAUAAUAAUAGUGAGAAACUUUUUCAGCUAUUGAGCUAUAACAAUUAUAUUUGUACUGUUUUAAAUAGUUAAGCUCUAUACUGAUGUGUAGAUGUUAUUCCUUCUAUAUGCUUUGACUUGUAAUAUCGUUCGAUAUUUUUGUUGAAACAUAAAAAAAAGAAGGACACAAUAUUACGUUUGCAAGAAUUAUAAAGAUAUCGAAAAAUAUCAUAAGUCCAAUACUAAUGUAAUACACAGAGUGGUUUGUGCCUUCUUUGUCCCACACAGUGUGUACAAUAUAAUGUAAAUAUUAAAAUGCA